AUGGUUCAUUUUAAAAGAAAAUCUGAACCAAUUUUGGGUAAUUUUAAAGAUAAUGGUGAAAGAGAUACUAAUUUAGCUGGUGGAUCAUCUUCUAAUAAUAAUAUAAAUAAUAUUAAUAAUAAUAAUAAUAUAAAUAAUAUUAAUAAUAAUAAUAAUAAUAAUAUUAAUAAUAGUAAUAAAAAUAAUAAUAAUAAUAAUAAUAAUAAUAAUAAUAAUAAUAAUAAUAAUAAUAAUAAUAAUAAUAAUUAUAAUAAUAAUAAUAAUAAUAAUAAUAAUAAUAAUAAUAAUAUUAUUACAAAUUCACCACCAUUAUCAAGAAGUACUGGUGUUGAAAAACCACCACCACCACCACCAGAAACCAAACCUAAAAGACCACUAUCAUUUUCAGUUUAUACACUAUCACCACCUCCACUUUAUCCAAGUUCAAAUUUAUCAACAUCAAAAUCAUCAUCAACAUUGUCUGUAUCAAAUCAACAACAACAACAACAACAAAAACAACAACAACACCAAGCACUACAACACCAAUUUUUACAUCCACCAACAUUACCAUCACAUCAUUAUAAUUUAACACCACCAAUAACACCAAGCAAAUCACCAAACUCAUCAAAUUUAUCAUCACCCAAUUCAUCAUUACCAACCACACCUCCCUCCAUCAGUGGUUUAUCAAUUGCACCUCCCACAGUAACCCCACAAUUUAAAAUGCCACCAAAAUCAAAUUCUGUCAUUUACUCUGUAGUUUAUGAUAAAACGAGUUCAAAUUUAGAAAAUAUUGAUGAAGAAUUAUAUACAAGAUUAUCAACACAAAGAUUAUUAUUAGGUAGAAAUAAAUUAACAGAGAUACCAGAACGUAUUGGAGAAUUACAAAGAUUAACAUCGAUUGAUCUCUCUUAUAAUAGAUUAACACAUGUUCCAGUUUCAAUUUCAACAUUACAGGAUUUAAUAUCUUUAUCAUUAACUGGUAAUAAAUUUAUGAUACCUGCAACACCAGAAAAUAUUGAAAUUCAAAAUUCAAAAAAAUCUCAUACUCAUCAUGAUCGUUCUGAACUAACUACUAUUGAUGAAAAUAUAGAUGAAAAUAAUUUUGAAAAUAAUGAUUUUAUUAAUAAUGAAAAUAAUAAUACUGAUGAUAACGAUGAUAGUAACAAAAUAGAAGAAGAAGAAGAGGAACAAAAACCAAACAGUGUUGAAAAAUUAAAAGAAAAUGAAAAUGAUAUAGUCAAUAAUGAUCAAUUAAAAUCAAUAAAAAAAGAUGAAAAUGAAGAAGAAAAACUUGAAAAUGUUGAAGAAAAUAUUAUUGAUAGUAAAAAUAUUUCUUUACCACCAUUAUCAAUUAAUGAUGAAAGUAGUAGUAAUAAUAAUAAUAAUAGUAAUAAUAUUAAUAAUAGUGAUAAUAAUAAUAAUAAUAAUAAUAAUAAUAAUAAUAAUAAUAAUAAUAAUAAUAAUAAUAAUAAUAAUAAUAGUGAUAUAGCUUCAAAAGAAAAUAAUAAUAUUACAACUAAUGAAGAGAAUAAUGAAAAUAAUGAAAAUAAUAAAAUUUGUGGUGGUAUACCAUGGGAAUUAUGUUAUAAUAGUAAUUUGAAAAAGAUAGAUUUAGGAUCAAAUCAAUCAAAUGAUGAUAAAUGGGAAGGUGGAAAUAUAUUACCAAGUAAUUUAUUUUGGUAUACUCAGGUUGAAAGUUUUUUAGCACCAUUUUGUCAACUUGUUUCAAUUAGUAGUGAUAUUCAACAUUUGGAAUCAUUGACAUAUUUAGAUAUUAGUAAUAAUCAUUUAACAGAGUUACCAAUUGAAUUGGGUCAAUUGGUUUAUUUGACCACUUUUAUAGCAAAUGAUAACUAUAUCAAAUGUAUACCACCCAAUUUAUUUACAACACAUCAACAGUUAUCAGAAUCAAUACGUACCAUUGAUUUAUCAAAUAAUGAAAUUCAAGAGAUACCUGAUGAUUUCUCAUAUUUACUUUAUUUGGAGAAUUUAAAUUUAUCGAAUAAUCAAAUCUCUACCAUACCAAAUUCCUUAUUUCAAGGUGUUGAUGAGGAUUUAGGUUUAUUCUCUUUAAAAUCUUUAAAGUUACGUGGAAAUAAAUUGGAUGAAUUACCUUCGAAUUUCUUUUUAACUUGUGCUUCAACUUUAAAAUAUUUAGAUUUAUCAUUUAAUAAUUUAUCAAUUUUACCAAAUAAUGGUUUAAAAUAUUUAGAUCAAUUAUCAACUUGUUUAUUAUUUAAUAAUUCUUUAAAAACAAUUCCAAAUGAAUUUUUUGAACAAAUUGAUGAUGAUGAUGAUAAUAAUAAGAAUAAUAAUAAUAAUAAUAAUAAUAAUAAUAAUAAUAAUAAUAAUAAUAAUAAUAAUAAUAAUAAUGAUAUUAAACCAAAUUUAACAAACUUAAAUUUAUCUGGUAAUAAAUUAACAGAAAUUUCAAAAGAUAUUUGGAAAUGUAAAUCAUUAGUUAAUUUAUCUUUAGGUUAUAAUGAUAUUAAAUUAAUUGAAUUCCCUUCAAAUUUAGUACUUUAUUCUUUAGAAGAACUUUAUUUAAAUGGUAAUAAAUCAAUUAAAUUUAAAUCAUUUGAACAACAAGAUGAUAAUAAUAAUAAUAGUAAUAAUAAUAGUUGUAAUCCAGAUUUUCCAAUUCUAAGAGAAUUAUGUUUAGGAUCAUGUGAAUUAAAAGAAAUACCAACAUUUUGUAAAGAAAAUUUAAAAAGUUUAGAAAAAUUAGAUUUAUCAAAUAAUCAAUUAAUUUGUUUACCAGAAUGGAUUGGUGAAUUUGAACAUUUAUUAGUAUUAUAUUUAUCAAGAAAUCAAAUUUCAACUUUACCAUAUAAAGAAUUUAAAAAUUUAAAAAAUUUAAUAAUUUUAGAUUUAUCAAUGAAUAAUCAAUUAAUAUUAGAUCAAUCAAUAUAUAAAACACUUAAAGAUACUUCAAUUAUAACAACACCUUCAUUAAUUGAUCAAUCUUUAAUUAAUAAUAAUAAUAAUAAUAAUAAUAAUAAUAAUAAUAAUAAUAAUGAUAAUGAUAUUCAAAAUAAUAAUAGUAGUGGUGGCGGUGGUAGUAGUGCAAUUUUUAGUAGUAGUAGCGGUAGUAGUAGUAGUAGUGGUAGUGAUAUAAUAUUGCCAACACAAAAAAGAUUAUCAAAUACACCACCUCAAUCAAAGAAUCCUUUAUCAAUAUCAUCAUCUUCAAUACCCGAAUCAAGUAGUGGUGGUAGUGGUGGUACAUCAGCUAAUAGUAGUAAUAAUAAUGAUAAACAGCAACAACAACAAAAUAUUAAUGAAAAUAAUAAACAUGAAGUUAUAAUAACAAAAUCAAAAAGAUUUGAAAUGUCAUUUUCAGAUAUGAUUGGACGUAGACCAUCAAUGGAGGAUUCAUUUAGUAUUUUUGGAUCAUUUAAUGAUGGUAGUGGUGAUGAUUAUGAUUUAAUAUCAUUGUUUGACGGUCAUGCAGGUUCAAGAGCUGCAACCUAUAGUAGUGAAUGGUUCCCAAAGAUAAUGAAAUCAUUAAUGAAUAUUUAUCCAUCACUACCACCAUUACAAUGGUUAAAACAAGCAUACAAUGAAAUAUCACUACAAUUUAAAAUGUAUAUAAAUAAUGAAAGACCAGAUUUAAAAUAUUGUGGUGCAACUGCUGCUUCAUUGUUAAUUACUCGUGACUUUUAUUGUGUUUCAAAUAUUGGUGAUACUAGAAUUGUACUUUGUCAAAAGGAUGGUACUGCAAAGAGAUUAUCAUUCGAUCAUAAACCUUCUGAUCCUUCAGAAACAAAAAGAAUCUCAAGAUUGGGUGGAUUCGUAGUUUCAAAUCAACAUACUAGUCGUGUCAAUGGUACUUUGGCUGUAUCACGUUCAAUCGGUGAUAUCUAUAUGGAGCCAUUCGUCGUUCCUGAUCCUUAUUUAUCUCAAACUAAUCGUAAUUUUGAAAUGGAUAAAUAUUUAAUUGUCGCUUGUGAUGGUAUUUGGGAUGAAAUCUCUGAUCAACAAGCUUGUAAUAUUGUUCUAAAUUCAAAUUCAACCGAUGAAGCUUGUACAAAAUUAAAAGAUUAUGCUUAUUUCUCUGGUUCUGAUGAUAAUAUUACUGUAAUUGUAAUUAAAUUAUAA